ACUGACCUUGUUGUCUGUUCAAAUUUGUUGGAUUGCCAAUGAUGUAAUGUUAGAGUUAUGUUCCUUAAGCUGUUAAAUUCGCUUCAUAUUUGCACUCUUAUUAUCUGCACUUCAUUGUUGCACUCACAUGGAGCGGAAAAUUUUUCUCAUGGUGCUCAUGGAGUAUUGAUAGCGAAUACGGUUGACGGAUCAUUUGUCGGUGUGGAUAUUGAAAGUGGCAGAGAGGUAUGGAGGAUAGAUGGCCCUCCUCUUGUUUCUCAAAGCUUGAGUGACCUGCAGCUUAUGACUAAGACAAAAUCAUACAGUAUUGUUCCAUCUCUUGAAGGACAGCUAUUUUUAAUGGAAAGAAGGAUAACAGGUGACCUGGAGCUUUCUCAAGAAGCUUCACUUAAAGCACUACCUUUGAAUAUCGAUUCCCUAUUUUCUUCGAACUUUAUGCUGACAGAAGAUUCUAUUUUGACUGGAGGACGAGACCAUUCAACAUUUGCUUUUAAUCCUCAUGACGGAAAGAUCAAAUAUAAUUGUACACGUGAUGGAUGUAGCAGUUCUGACACUGACAGAAAGUUCUCUGAUGAAACUUCUUAUGCGAAGGGUCCGAUGAUUAUAGCCUACAGAGUAAAUAACAUAGUGCGUGCGAUCAGUGCUCCGGUGGGAAUUGAAAAAUGGAAUCUGAGUGUCUAUCAGUAUGAUCUCUGCUUACUGACUGGUCGAAUUCCUACACCAACCGCUGCUGUUCAGAAGCCGCUACCUAUUUGUAACAUGCCUCUGAAUACUCCGAAUAUUCAUGGUGAUUUUAUGGAUGAGUCGUUUGUCGAUGUAGACGAACCAGAUUGGGAUUUCGGGUUAGAGAAGCGUAUGAUAACAGCGCGAACAAAAGAUACACAUCCUGAAGAUUUAUGGUCUUUCAACUUCAGUUCCAGGAUAUCGAAAGCAUGGAUAUAUCGGAGAGAUUUACAGAGCUUAAGGUCGUUGUCUUUGUUUACAUAUGAUAGAGCUGCUGUACUGUUAGUUGAAAAGUUGAAUGAAUCUAAGGAAAAAACUUUUACUGUCCGAAAUUUUGGAUUAUUAAAGGAAAAGGGUUUAAACUUACUCAACAGAAAGAGGACUCAUUUUUCAACGAAUAAGGAGAAAAACAAAUGUCCAUCUCAUGAUCGUUUAAUCUAUCUUGGUAGUUUAAAUGGUCAGCUAUAUGUUCAGGUUGGAGAUGGUGCGGAUCUACCUAGUCCGGAUAUGAUUAAUCUGUCCAAGAGUUUGUCGGUACCCUCAGGUGGACUAUUAGACGAACAUGGUGUUCCCGGUUAUUCUUCGUUGAUUGGAUAUUAUCAUGCAUCUUAUUCAAAGUCUCCGAAAUUGCGGACAUCUAUUCAACCUUUCCUUUCAGAUGACAAUGUUGAAGAAACAAUUGAAAAAGCUACUGCUCUAGGAUUUCCAAACAGUGUAGGGCAGUUUAAACAUAUCAUUGGUUUUCAACCAGAUACCUCAAAUGAACAAAUCGUAUCACAGUCGAAUUCAGCUGAUGUAGAUGCCAGCGAUGGUAGUAGUGGUUUACCAGAAAGGAUUUUCGAUAGUGCCAAUGAUUUAAUUAUGCUACUCUUACGUGCAAGUGAAAUCGCUAUAAAUCACUCGCCUAUUGAUACUGAAAGCGGCCGUUCAUUAGGAUUUAGUCUAUCCACUCAUUUUAUCCAGCUGAUAGUUGUAGCUGGAAUGCUUUAUUUCACAGCUCAAUGGAUUAUGAAUGUGAAAAUCACUUAUGAUACACAGUUGAGAAAUGAUUCGUUUUAUAACAAGACAUGUGAUUUGGAAUCAGUUGUUGUCAAAUCUAGCAGUUCAUCAGGGAGUUCAACUGAAGCAACAAUACUUCCAUCUUGUUCAACUUCGGAUAUUUUACAAUCAUGUACUACGAAUCAGUUUGUUGCUGCUACACAUAUUACACAACCUUCCUUUACAUCUCCAUUUGAAAUAGAUUUCAAAUUUAUACGUCGUCUUGGUCGUGGUGGUUUUGGUCAAGUUUUUGAAGUUGAAAAUCGUUUAGAUGGUUGCCGUUAUGCUAUUAAACGUAUAAGAAUGAACGAGGUUGAUGAUGAUAAAAAUAUUUUUCUGCGAGAAGUGAAAGCUCUCGCUACACUUGAUCAUCCAGGUAUCGUUCGUUAUCAUCGAGCUUGGAAAGAAUAUCCUCCUGCUGGUUGGCAAGAAUCACGCGAUGCUAUGAUGAUGGAUUUUUCUGAUGAUCUAACUAGCAAAAGUGAUUCUACGGAAUGUGGAAAUGAUGAAAAUUGUUUUUCGAACACAAUUUCUUCCUCGUUGAAUCUUGGUUCAUAUCAUUUAAGUUCAUCUCUAGCUGCAGGGGGAUCAAUUGGAUCAAAUUCUUUUAGUUCUUACAAACCUUCAAAAGCUUAUUCGGAUGAUGACAGCCUUAUUGUAUUUGAAAAUAACUGCAGUUCUGAAACACUUUCAUGUACUGAUUCAGAUAUUCCAAAACAUUCCGUCGACAAAAAAAUUUUAAAGGCGCAACAUAAAAAUGAAGUUAAGUAUACAUGCUAUCUGUACAUUCAAAUGCAGUUGUGUUCCCCCAAGAGUCUACGUGAUUGGCUUGUUGCUCACAGUCUUCCAGAAUCGCGUCCCUUACGUGCUGAAUUAAUUUGCAUGUUUCGUCAAAUUGUUGAUGCUGUGUCCUAUUUACAUAAUCAUUCUUUAAUGCAUCGUGAUCUGAAACCGUCUAAUAUUCUCUUUGAUCUAACCAAUCGUCUUAAACUGGCUGAUUUCGGCUUGGUCACUUCUAUGUUAGAUGAGAAAUUAAAUCAGAAAGAUGCAUCUUUUAUCAGUUACAGUAACCAGAAUAAUCAGUCGUUAUAUUCUGAAAUGACAACGGAAAAUCGUUCGAUUCAUAAUGCAGAACAUAACAAUUUCGCCGAUCGUCAGAUACAUCCUUUAAAAGACAUCAGCAGCGUCCAACAGAAACGUUCUGUCUUUGCACGUCGACAUACAGACCAUGUGGGCACAGAUCUUUACAUGAGUCCUGAACAGGAACGUGGUGACAAUUACAAUCAUAAAGUGGACAUUUUUUCACUGGGACUAAUAUUUUUGGAAUUGUUAAUUACAUUCAGUACAUCUAUGGAAAGAAUAUACACUUUGACACGCGCGAAACAACAAAAGCUUCCCAAGGAUUUCAUCACUUGUAAUCCAGUUGAAGUAAGUCUGUGUAUUAUUUUGCCUUCAAGUGAAAGAUCCAAUGGAUUUUAUGCUAUUAUUUUUAGAAUUAAAUAUGAAAUGCUUUAUGUUGCUUGAUCACUCCUUUAGAUGUGGUGUCAACCUACUAGUCAGUGUGUCUAUACCCGUAGUUGUUUCACUUGUCUGGUUCCUUUAUCCAUUAGGCGACGGGUUGAUGCACAUUGCACCCACUUCAGUCGAGGUAGGUAGAUAUUGUUUGUCAUGUUCAUACAAUGGAUAUAACCCGAAUUCUUCAAGCUCAUCAUCACCUGAAGUUUCAUAUACUGAGCUGUAUAUCACAUCUUUUGUUUUUUUACUAGCGGUUGUGCAACUCAUUGAAUGCAGGUUUCUGGUUAUUCAGUUGCUGACUAAAUCUUAUCCCUUUUCAAAUAAAUUUGAUUUGUUUCAAAUGACUAAGUUUUGUCUUCUAUGUCUUUUUGAAAAUAACCGACUGCAUGAAAAUAUACUGUAAACAGUGAAUUUUUGUCAUUCUCUGUUUCUAUGAUAAAUGUUUUCAAACUUCUACUGUUGACAUUUUUCUCUGAAAUUAUCAACAUCUUUCAUUGCGCUACAUCAACUAUCAAAGCUAAAAUAAACACAUUAAUUGGUCACUGUAAGGCAACCAACUUCAUGUUGUCUACUCCUGACUGCUGACCGAGUUCUAUGGAUCACUUUUGCAAUAUGGUCACCAAACUGUGAGGCUAAACAUAGCAGUGCGCUUGAAUAAAUAUUGCUUGGUUGGAGGCAAUCGACAGGGAUCAUUGGACCUAGGUUUCCUGCCUACUGGCCCUUGUCAGCCAGGUGGUUAAGUUGCAGAUGAUCGAUAGAAGUCGGUCAUCACUCAGGACUAGACAACUUGAAAUUGGAGACCCUCCAGUUACCAAUCAAUGUAUCUUAUCCAGUCCUACAGGAGGUCAGUCGCCACCGGAAUAGCUUAGUGGUAACGUCGCUGACUGCAACAGUGGGUUACGUGGAUUUGCAUCUCAGUGGCGGGGACAUCACGUCAUUUGAGGUUGCCGAUAUGCCUUGACGACGAGUGCUAAGAAGCACCAACUAGCAAUAAUAAAUAAGCUGUUUAGGAACAGUUAAGCAUCAAAUAGCAAAACGACCAAUGAUUAGACACUUGUUUUCAUUUAUUUUAGUCAAUCCUACAAAGUAGACAGUGCUCAUCAUAUGGGAUUGCAGCUUUGAGUGUUACAGUUUAACAUUUAUCAACUACCUGUGCAUUUAAAGUAAUCCUUACGCUGUGAAGGUUGUACAGAAUGUAUUAUUAUGGUAAUCAGUUGUACUAAAUUCACUACCAUGCUUCCCAUCAAACGACAUAAGCACUUUAAUUGGUCCAAACUUUGAAGUAAUUUAAAUAUAGUCAGUAACCUUAGAUUCAUUAAUAGUCAUUGAUGUAGUGAGGUACUAGAGGGUAAGGGGAAAGUUGCGUAAGAAUGAAUUACCUAAUAACUGUCGAUCAGUUUACCUAAUACCUCAUUACAAAUCAAAUCAUAAACAAGCCUCAUGGAAUAUUCUAUUAGCCAUAAGCAAGUACUCACUAAAGUGACAGCACGUAAAGAAAUGUAAAACAGCCAAAUCGGAUAAGCAUUUUCAACCUCACUGGUUAAAUUUACUCUGUUUAUAUUUAUCCUUUAUAUGCCGAAGCAUGAUCACUUUCCUCAUUUAUUUGCUUGUUUAAUGGUUAUACUAACAUACAGAGUGUAGUGAGUUAACUGGUAAUCAAAACGUGAGAAUUUUUACUUCCGUGAAACCUUAAACAAUAAGUACUUGUUGUUAAGUUUGUAUAUCGAUAUAUUUUUUUGAUCGCAUAUCUUUUUACCUAUUCCUAUAAAUGUAGGAAUUGGGGAUAGUAACGUUUGUGUAACUGUGGUUCAUUGGUCUAAGCAGUUGACUUUCAACCGAUGCGUCAUAGUUUGGAUCUGCGCCCCACCUACCGCAGUUGGUGGUAAGCCCUUUACUCAAUAGGUAUGGUACCUUGUCUACUACAAAAGGGUGGAUAUGUUGACUGAAUGCAUCCCGCUUUUUUAAGUAAUAUUUAAUAAUUGCCUGAUCAUUUAUUCUCUCCUUUUUUGUUAUGUGAGUGAAAAACAUCAAUAGCUGGUUUUCAUGAGCAUAUUAUCAUCCGAAUAUAUUAUAUCAUAACCAAGAUCGUUCGCUAAAAAUUCCUAGUUUUAUACCUUGGGCUAUUCUUACUCAGUGAUCACAGAUAACAUCGCAUUUAUCUCUUAUCUAAACAAUUACAAUCAAAAACACAGCUUGAGGGACGAUCUCAUUAACUAUACUGAGGUUUAUUGAUAAUCAUGUUUAUCAGCAACCUGCACCAUCUUCGAUGACCAUAAGUUGUGGAUCGAAAGGAGUGCGCAAUGGAUUCACAGUUUCAUUUUUGGAAGCAACUGUCUUCGAUUUCUUUUUAAUCAUGUAAAUUAUUUCAUAUACAUCAUCAUUCUUAUAAAAUGUUUAGGAAUGUAUUAUAGUGAUUGGUAAACACGAACAAUGAUUGAAGGAAGAUUACAUCCUUUGUAAUAGGCAGAUAGAUAAUCUGCAUAUUUUCAAAAUCAGGUUGAGAAUCGUAAAACAUGAAUUUCGAUCUGUUCCACUUUUUCAGACUGAAUUUGUUCUUAAACUUUUGGAUUUCAAUCCAUUCAACCGUCCUGAUGCUCCUGAAAUCUUGGAAUGUGCACUGAUCAAGCAGUGCGUCUCAUGAAGUUUUCAGUAUUGUAGCAGUCGUGCUUUGAUACCACUGAAUGAAACACGAUUUCAUGUUUAUCCUAAUUCUUUGAUGUAUGUAUGACCUCAUAUUAUUUUCAUUAACAAUUGCCCCUGUGAUCUGUAAAAUAAACGUCUCUUUUUAUACAAACUUUGAAUUACUACAAGCCACUUUUGUGUUUUUGUCAACGGUCCUAAAAAGAAUGUAGAAUCUUUGCAUUCCUUGCA